CAUGCGUUCACCCGAGUUCAGCUCUAGUUAGGGAGAGACAGGAACUGAUGUGCAGUCAGUUUCCUCACCUAUCCGAGCGCGAGAGCACCACAGACCGCGCGUCGAGCGCGUUCUCUCUGUUUCCAGGGGUGUUUCUGCCUUUUCCCACACAGCACACACACAGUCAACCCCGGAGCUGUUUACGCACUGAACAUCCACUCGCAGUUGCGAUCAGUUUGUGCGGGUCCUAUUAAAGUGAUUUUGAAAACGACAAGGAUCAGAACGAGGCUGAAGCAUCUUUAAGAGCGCGCGCAUCUCCCUGAGAGCGCGAGCAACAUAUGUGCUGCCUCUGAAGACUCGGUAUAGCACCUCUGUGUGUCUGAAAAACGCUUGAAAAAACGUUUCACCCGAACGCUGAAAACUUUAAAGGAAUAUUUAUGAGCAUUUGAGUGGAUUUUCUGUCAGUAACACUAAGUAAUACUCGUACUUUUGGAGAUAUUUAACGGACGGAAUACGAAGUGAACGCUGCGUUCCGAGGGGAUUGCAUUUACGCUCCUUCAGUUAUACGGUUCUUCUGUGCGGACGGAAGUUUCUGAGUUUUCUGACGAAAAAUGGGCAUAACUGGUUAUUUUGAGCUGCAGUGGAAAUGCCUGGUUAUUGUGGCUCUAAGACUGCUGUUCCUUGUGCCCGCAGGAGUGCCAGCGAGAAGCGGAGACUCUUAUUUAAAGGACAACAUCACUGUCAGACAGGGAGACAGUGCUGUCUUGAAGUGCAAUGUUGACAACAAAGUAUCACGGGUGGCAUGGCUCAACCGAACCACUAUUCUCUUCACAGGGAAUGAAAAAUGGUCGUUGGACCCCCGGGUGGUCCUACUAAACACAGCAGCCACUGAAUACAGUAUAAAAAUCCUAAACGUGAACUUAUACGACGAGGGACCGUACGUAUGUUCUAUCCUCACGAACAAGAAACCAGAAUCGACAAAAGUGCACCUCAUUGUACAAGUUCCUGCCAGGAUUGUAAACAUAUCCACAGAUGUUUCAGUGAACGAGGGCAGUAAUGUAAGCCUUGUGUGUCUGGCCAUCGGAAGACCUGAACCCACCAUUUUGUGGAAAUUCCGUUCUUCAAAAGGUAACAGAAUCAUUACCGAGGGUGAAUAUGUGGAAAUGACUGGAAUCACCAAAGACAUGUCCGGCUCGUACGACUGCAUCACCUCGAACGACAUCUCGCCUCCAGACGUGAGGACUGUUCAGGUUACUGUAAACUACCCACCUGUCAUUUCACGAGCUCAGAGCACAGGAACGGCCGUCGGCCAGAAAGGAGUUAUGUGGUGCGAGGCGUCUGCGGUUCCUCUGGCGGAUUUUCAUUGGUAUAAGGGGGAGCGCAGACUCCUCAAUGGAUUCAAUGGGGUCAAGAUUGAAAACAAGGGUAAACAGUCCAUGCUAACAUUCUUUAACGUCUCCGAAGAGGAUUAUGGGAACUACACUUGUGUGGCCAUGAACACGCUGGGAAUAACAAACGCCAGCAUUAUUUUGUACGGCCCUGGAGCGAUACACGAUAUGAACAACGCAGCCUUAUCGCCAACCAGCUCAUUCUUGCUUCUAACUCUGGUUUUAACUCUCUCGGUCCUCAGCAAGUUUUGAUGCUAAAGCAGCGCGUCCGCUUCUCCAUCCAAACACAGACUCACAGUCCCACACUCAGAGAAGGAGAGUACUUUAUCGGUUCUUAUCAUCAUCAUCACCAUUUAAAUAGGGUUUUCCUUAUGUUUUAUUUCUGAAGGGAAGUGUCAGUGUGGGUUUAUGGGUCUGUAGUAAGAUGCUUUGGGAUUUAACCGUGUUUUGAAACAGUGAACUGGACUGUGAAUGGAGUCAGUUUGUUAGCUGGGUAGAAAUAAUAAUAGAAUCACUGUAUGUGUCUCUCCAACCUUUUGUAUGUGAAAAGAGAAGCAGAAAUUCAUGUAAUUGUGAAUAACUGAAUGGUUUUUUGCUCAGUAUUGAACAGUGUGAAUUGAGGUUAAUGGUGUGUCCUGUUUUCCUGUAAAAUAACAUGAUUUUCUUUCUCUUUUUUUUAAAAAUAAUUGCUAAAAAUGACAAACAGCAAAAAAGAGAAAGAAACA